AUGGAGAAGCGGAUCGGUGCUGUUCUGAAAAAGAACGAGUUUCUGAAUCUGGCACAACAGUUACUGUAAGUGUCAAACUGUAUAGACAAAAAUAACCUUAACAUUGAUGUAGUAAAUUAAUGAUUUUAGGAAUGAAAGUGACUCUUCUGACGACGAUAUCAUUUGUUUGGAUAACGCUUCAAAGAAGGAGACCCUAAAGAGACCAUGCAAGUCGUAUAUCGCUGUUUCCAAAGAUGAGGAAAAGGUACCAAAACGAAGACGACGAGACAAGGAAGAGAUAGAGAAUGAGAAAGUAAGUUAACGUAUAUCAAUAUUAUUGUUGUUUAGAAUCAGAAGCUGUUGAUGAAGAUUGAGAGAGAAGCUCAGACAGCGAAGAACACCAAAUGUGAACAAUACCUAUAUUGUCAUUGCAGCAGGCUUGUCUAUGGCUUUGAUCGUAAGUGUAAUGUUAUUUACUUUUAAAUUUGAUGUUAACAUAGUUUGUUACACUUUGGUUAUUUUCAGCUAGUAUCGAGCCAACAUUAACUAGUAUGUUCGCUGAUCGAAAGAUUCCAGAUCAGUUAGUUAAUAUAGAUAAUAACCAUGCCAUUGUAACUUGGAAAAGAAAGGAAGUCGUUGCCGAAACUGACAACAACCAAGUUAUCCGAGUCGAGAAAAUGGUAGGGUAAACUUUAUAUUUUUAAAAUAUUAAAAACGAUAGUCAUUAUAUUAUUGUCGUUAUUUAUUAAUAUUAUUGUUUUAAAUUUAUUGAAAUUUAAAAAAAAUAUUUUUAGGUAGUACAACAUGUGUUGUUAUUGGUCAUCGAUGAGGACACUUUUGAUGUCAUUGUUUCCACUGGAUUAGUAGAUUUUGUGAAAGAAAUUGUUAACAACUAUCGAACGCAAGCAAGCCAAGACCCUCGGCUAACCAUCGCUAUUUUGGGAAAACCAAAGACAAAUUCAGCACAAGUAAGUUGAAAUUGAAACCAAUUGUUUUAAAAGUUUAUAUUAUUAAAACUUUUGCAAAGUGUUCACCUGUUUUUUACUCAUUAAUCAAUGUUUAGAUUCAUUUCCUGAGUUUGGACCUGUUCGAAAAGACCCAAACCCAAAUUCGCUUUAUUAAGUCUCCGGCAGACUUGUGCUUACUCAUCGCCCAAAUGCACCGAGCUACUGCCAAGUAUGUGAUGAAGAGUGAGAGGGCCAAUGAAAUUCACCUCGACUCGGAAAAGGGUGUUGUAGAUUGCCCGAACCAAGUGGAAGAUUGGUGGAAUCGAAUGUUGGGCCAUGUGUAUCGGAUCACGGAGGACUGCCGAAGAGCCGUCAUCCACAAGUACUCCAACCCCUUCAUUCUAAUGGACAAGCUGAGUAAUAUGCCCACGGGCGAGGGAAUGCAGCAUCUGGCCGAGAUUCAAACCGAGAACGGCCGCUUUGUGGGGCCGGCUUUAGCUCAGAAGAUCUACUUUAUGCUCACGAGCAAGGACGGAAGAGAAAUACUGGACAAGGCAUAA